AUGGCGAGCCCAUCAACCAGUAUGGCCACACAAAAUCUCUCCUAUAAACCGGACUCACGAGUCAUUAACUGCGAGGCCACAUACCAUAUAACACAUAACACCGAUUCUAUGCUUGAUGUUCAAAUUCCUAAUAAAGAUCGCUUCUCGUACGAGCUUUGGCUUGUCAUGGCUGCCCGGAAUAGACAAGGGAGGAGCUUGAAUGGCAUGCACGGGAUCAACCCCCACUAA